AUGGCUCCUAACGCCGUCGAGGUAUAUGAACAAGUUCCCGUUCCCAGCUUGCCCUCUAAUGGCAUUCUCUGUAAAAUGUUGGCAUCGGGUGUCUGCAGAAGUGACCACUCCCUACUAACCAUAGACAAACAAGCGGCCUGGUUUGAAGACAAGUAUAUUCUGGGACAUGAAGGCUGUGGGCAGAUCAUCGGGAUAGGCAGUGCAGUACAGGAUGGCAAGUUUCAGGUGGGCGACGUUGUGGCCCUUCAUGCAGUGCCCGGUUGUGGGCAGGACGAUUGCCCGGAAUGUUCGCGCGACUUGGCCCAGCUGUGUGAGAGAGGUCAUCACUCCGGCAUUGGUCAAGACGGCUUUUAUGCACCUUAUGCGGCGAUCGACAUACGAGGCGCCGUAAAAGUCCCUGAAGGCGUCACACCAGCGGAAGCAGCUGUUGCGACGGACGCAGUCAGCACUGCAUAUCAUGCCAUCACGAGAAGAGGACAAGUCACGAAGGACGAGACGGUCUUUCUUUUCGGGCUUGGCGGCCUAGGGCUCAACGCUCUUCAGAUCCUCAUCCACAUUGGAGCCAGGGUCAUUGUCUCGGAUAUCCGACAGGAACUGCUUGACGAAGCACAGAAGCUCGGCAUCCCGUCUCGCCAUCUGGUUCCCAUUGGGACGGCCCCCCAGCAAUUCAUCGCGGACAACGGCCUUUCUGGAAAAGUCGAUACGGUCCUGGACUUUGUUGGAACUCAUCAAACGUUUGAAGAUGCUCAGCAUAUUGUACGGCGCGGAGGCAAGCUCCUUUGCAUUGGGAGUCUGGACACCGAAAACACAAUUCAUAUGAAGAUUGGAACAAGAAAGAGACUUUCAUAUAUCUUCUCUUACGGUGGCCAAGUGAAGGAUCUCGAGCAGGUUCUUGACCUUAUUGCGGCUGGGCGCAUCAAGCCUCAGGUUGAGACACGAAAACUUGAAGAUUUUGAUCAAGUUCUUCAGGCACUUUGCGAUGGAAAGGUACGGUCGCGUGUUGCUUUGCUGCACGAGUAG